AAAGCCAAAAUUGGAAUUGACCCAAGUGGGCCCUUUAUGGUCCCUUACCAUACUAAACCUCGCCACAUGGCACGACCUCAUUCUGCCGACCCAUUCCCAUCCUCUCCAAAACCCCCUUCCCACCACACAACGGUGGCUCGGUGGCUCUGGCUCACCUCCUCCACCACCUUCAUGGAAUCAAGUGUUGAUGAACUCGUCGGUGACCUCGACGACCUCAGCUUCACCUCUACAGCAACUACUUCCACCACUGCUACUGCCUCUGCCCCCGAAACAAGUUCGGGCCCUGAACUGUCCACCCCUAAUAAUAAGCGCCGCCAUGCCACUCCAUCAGACCCUCGUUGGGAUGCCAUCCAAAGAAUAAAAUCCGAUGGCAAUGUGCUAUCCCUCACCGACUUCCGCCUCAUCCGCCGCCUUGGCUGCGGUGACAUCGGGAGCGUCUACCUAGUGGAGCUUAAAGACACCAACACAACCAAUUGUUUGUUUGCUGCCAAAGUGAUGGACAAAAAGGAAUUAGUGAGCAGAAACAAAGAAAGUAGAGCAAGAGUAGAAAGAGAAAUAUUGCAUCUUUUGGACCAUCCUUUUCUGCCAACUCUUUACGCCAUACUGGACUGUCCCAGGUGGUCUUGUCUGUUGACUGAAUUCUGCCCCGGCCACGACCUCCACGUCCUCCGUCAAAAGCAACAGGAAAAACGAUUCCAGGAAAACGCUGUCCGGUUCUAUGCAUCGGAAAUUGUGGUUGCGCUAGAGUACUUGCACAUGAUGGGGAUAAUCUACCGUGAUCUCAAGCCUGAAAACGUCUUAGUAAGAUCGGACGGUCACAUCAUGCUGACAGAUUUUGACCUCUCCUUAAAGAGCGAUGAUUCCACAUCAACGGCUAUCCUGGUUUCCGAUCAACCCACAUCAACGGCUAAUCCGACGGCUGACGCACCUCCAUUUGGUAACUCAUCAUGCAUGUUACCAAAUUGCAUGGUACCGGCAGUCUCAUGCUUCCACCCCGGACUAAGGCGGAGAAAGAAGUCAUCCUACGGCGGGGCUCUAGACAUUGUGGCGGAGCCAAUUGAUGUCCGCUCGAUGUCAUUCGUCGGGACCCAUGAGUACUUGGCGCCGGAGAUUGUGUCGGGGGAGGGACAUGGCAAUGCAGUGGACUGGUGGACAUUAGGCAUAUUCAUAUUUGAAAUGUUCUAUGGUGUGACACCAUUUAAAGGGGUUGAUAAUGAGCUAACCCUGGCUAAUAUCGUGGCUCGAGCCCUCGAGUUCCCUAAGGAACCAUCGGUGCCUGGACCGGCUAAGGACUUAAUUGCACAACUUUUGGUGAAGGACCCCGUCCGGCGGAUGGGGUCUACAAUGGGGGCUGCAGCUAUCAAGCGGCACCAAUUCUUUGAUGGGGUUAAUUGGGCAUUAUUGAGAUGUACAAAACCACCUUAUGUUCCCCUGCCGGUGAGUUACCAGCAAUUAGCCACAGCAGAUAACAGUACCGACAAUUCUGUGGAAUAUUACUAAUAGAAUCAAUAUCCCCCUAUAUGGGAUUAUUAUUUUAUUUUAUUGGCUCAUUAGGGAUUAUUUUGUUCCAAAAAAAUCAUAAUCCAUAUAAGCUUUUGUCUUAUAAUUAUAAUUUAUGAUCAUUCGUUUUAGUUUAAUAUAUUAUAAUAGUUUUU